UUAAUUAAUCCUUAUGAACGCAAUGGUGAAUCUCUGCCAUUUCUCACUUCUUGGCCAUUGCAGAAGCUGAAACAAACACAAGGGCAGCAGCAACAUGUGACACUGAAAAGACGUAGAUUCAGAGAAACUUCACUACUUAUUUAAUCUUCAAAAAUUAUGAUGAGGGCUGUUCAUACUUUUUGGAAAAUAAUAUUAAAAGUUAAAGAGUUGGAAAACGAUGGAAGAAGCAUCAGUAUCGAGUGGCCUAGUGGGUGGAGCAUGGGGAUAUAUUCCUCGCCUUAAUCGGACUCCCAAUUUUCUAUCUAAUUUUUCUGCUACAACAGUAUCCGGUGUUCCUCCUCGGGAUUUGAAGAAGCUUCAUCUUCCUCUUCCCAGGAGAAAGAAGAUCAAUCAGAAGUUGAUUUCUGGAAGUUUUACGUGUAAAAUGGCGGACGGAAAAGAGAGAGGAAUCACAACAGAUACUAUCUCAGGGAAUAUGAUUUUUGAGCCUAUUCUGGAGGAUGGGGUUUUUCGAUUUGAUUGUUCUUCACAUGAUCGAGCUGCGGCUUACCCGAGUUUUUCUUUCUUAAGAUCCGAGGACAGAGACACGCCAAUUUCUAGCCAAAAGCUUCCUACAUAUGUUCCUGUUUUUGAGUGUCUUCUUGGCCAGCAGAUUGUUAAACUGGAGCUUCCUGCUGGCACCUCCUUUUAUGGAACUGGGGAAGUUAGUGGACAGCUUGAGCGAACGGGGAAAAGGAUUUUCACUUGGAAUACAGAUGCAUAUGGUUAUGGUGCUGGAACUACAUCUUUGUACCAAGCACAUCCAUGGGUGCUAGCCAUUCUUCCAAAUGGGCAGGCACUAGGUGUCCUUGCUGACACAUCCCUGCGUUGUGAGAUUGAUCUGAGGAAAGAUUCAAUAAUACAAUUUGUUGCCCCUUCGUCAUAUCCUGUCAUUACGUUUGGUCCAUUUUCAUCACCAACUGCAGUUUUGAAGGCCUUCUCUAGUGCAGUUGGAACUGUGUUUAUGCCCCCAAAAUGGGCCUUAGGCUACCACCAAUGCCGUUGGAGCUAUGAUUCUGCUGAUAGAGUACUUGAGGUUUCGAGAACAUUCCGAGAGAAAGAUAUACCCUGUGAUGUUAUAUGGAUGGAUAUAGACUACAUGGACGGUUUCCGUUGUUUCACUUUCGACCCCGAACGUUUUGCUGAUCCAAAAACUUUGGUGAAUGAGCUUCACCAAAUUGGUUUUAAAGCUAUUUGGAUGCUUGAUCCUGGAAUCAAACAUGAAAAGGGUUAUUUUGUCUAUGACAGUGGUUCUGAAAAAGAUAUCUGGGUCCAAAAAGCUGAUGGAGAUCAUUACGUAGGUGAGGUCUGGCCUGGGCCUUGCGUUUUUCCUGACUUUACACAAGCUAAAGCUCGAUCUUGGUGGGCAAAUUUAGUCAAGGAUUUUGUUUCUAAUGGUGUCGAUGGUAUAUGGAAUGACAUGAAUGAACCAGCUAUUUUCAAGGCUGUCACAAAAACGAUGCCCGAGAGCAACAUUCACAGAGGUGACGAAGAAUUCGGUGGUUGCCAGAAUCAUUCUUACUAUCACAAUGUGUAUGGAAUGUUGAUGGCUAAGUCAACAUAUGAAGGCAUGAAAUUGGCUAAGAGUGAUAGGCGUCCUUUUGUUCUCACUAGGGCUGGUUUUAUUGGUAGCCAAAGAUAUGCUGCCACAUGGACAGGUGAUAACCUUUCAAGCUGGGAUCAUCUUCACAUGAGUAUCUCCAUGGUACUUCAGUUGGGACUCAGUGGUCAGCCACUAUCUGGACCUGAUAUUGGUGGCUUUGCUGGAAAUGCAACACCUAAGCUUUUUGGAAGGUGGAUGGGAAUUGGUGCUCUGUUUCCUUUCUGCCGUGGGCAUUCUGAAACCAGCACUGCUGACCAUGAACCAUGGUCAUUUGGAGAAGAGUGUGAAGAAGUCUGCCGCCUAGCAUUGAAGAGACGCUACCGCCUAUUACCACAUAUAUACACUCUUUUCUAUAUGGCUCAUACGACUGGUGUUCCUGUUGCAACUCCUGUUUUUUUCGCUGAUUCAAGAGAUCCCAAAUUGAGGAAAAUUGAAAAUUCUUUUCUUCUCGGUUCAAUUUUAAUCUAUUCAAGCACUUUGCCCAAUCAAGGGAUGCACAAUUUAAAUUUUACAUUGCCCAAGGGAGUUUGGUUGAGAUUUGAUUUUGAUGACUCGCAUCCGGAUCUACCAGCCUUAUUUUUGCAAGGUGGAUCAAUUGUUCCUCUAGGUCCUCCUCAUCAGCAUACUGGAGAGGCAAAUCCAUCUGAUGACAUUUCUCUUCUCGUGGCUUUGGAUGAAAAUGGAAAGGCUAAGGGUGUCCUAUUUGAAGAUGAUGGUGAUGGAUACGGUUUCAGCUUAGGUGCAUACCUAUUGACACAUUAUGUUGCAGAACUAGAAUCUUCGGUUGUUACUGUUCAAGUUUCGAGAACUGAAGGAUCAUGGACAAGGCCAAAACGGCAUCUACAUGUUCAAAUAUUACUUGGUGGAGGGGCCAAGAUUGAGGCUUGGGGCAUAGAUGGUGAUGUUUUGCAAGUGACUUUACCCUCUGAACAACAAGUGGCUGACCUGGUAGCCAUCAGCGAGAAGGAAUAUCAUCAUCGAUUAGAAAUUGCUAAGACUUUGCCAGAUGUCGAAGAUGUUCCUGAACACAAGGGAGUGGCACUUUCAAAGAUUCCUGUUGAACUGAAAGGUGCCCAUUGGUCUGUUAAAGUCAUUCCCUGGAUUGGGGGGAGAAUAGUUUCCAUGACACACCUUCCUUCAGGUAUACAAUGGCUCCAAAGCAAGAUUGAUAUUAAUGGUUAUGAAGAGUUUAGUGGUACAGAGUACCUAUCUGCUGGAUGUACCGAGGAAUAUAGCAUCAUUGAUCGGAACUUCGAGCAUGCAGGCGAUGAGGAAUCUCUUGAAUUGGAAGGUGAUAUUGAUGGAGGGUUAGCUCUAAGACGAAAAAUAUACAUUCCAAAGGAUUAUGCUAGAGUACUUCAGAUUAACUCCAGCAUUAUAGCUGUUAAAGUAGGUGCUGGUUCUGGUGGAUUCUCAAGGUUGGUUUGCUUAAGGGUCCACCCAAUGUUUAACCUUUUACAUCCCACGGAAUCUUUUAUCUCAUUCACAUCCAUUAACGGAUCUGUGCAUGAAAUCUGGCCAGAGUCUGGGGAACAGUUUUUUGAAGGAGAUCUUUUACCUAAUGGUGAGUGGAAGCUGGUUGAUAAAUGUCUGGGAUUGGCAUUAGUCAACAAAUUUAACAUUAAGGAGGUUUAUAAGAGUUUCAUCCACUGGGGAACUGGAACAGUCAACCUGGAGCUAUGGUCGGAACAGAGACCCGUGUCUAAGCAAACACCGAUUCGGAUCUCGCACAGUUACGAGGUGAUCCAAAUCCCCUGAUUCUUGCAAUGUAGAAAUGUUGACUUGUUAAGUUUCAAGCUUUAAAGCUUUUAUCCCAUGUCCUGUUCUUAAUCAAAGUUCCCUUCCUGAAUAAGUUGUGUUCUCCACAAAUCAUAUUGCCAUUACCUGAACAACUAAACAGGUCAAGUGAGAACAGUUUAUCAAAUAAAUUUGGCAUGAUUUCAUUUA